AUGUCUCCAAGUCCAUCAAAUUGUGUUGGCGUAGAGGAGCACCAUGCUGUUGACAUUGAUUUGUACCACUGUCCUAACUGUGCACUUCUUCAUGGAACCUCCUUAAUGAAGAAGAGGAGGAACUGGCACAGACAUGACUACACAGAAUAUGAUGAUGGUUCCAAACCAGUCCAAGCUGGAACAGGGACGUUUGUUAAACAACUACAGGCUCGUUCAUUCCCAAGUGCUGAUGAAAUCAUUUUGAAAAUGCAUGGCAGCCAACUAACACACCGAUACCUGGAGAAACAUGGAUUUGAUGUUCCUAUAAUGGUUCCUAAACUAGAUGGCCUAGGGCUUAGACUUCCUCCUCCUACUUUUUCUGUUUUGGAUGUGGAACGCUAUGUGGGUGGUGACAAAGUGAUAGACGUGAUUGAUGUGGCAAGGCAGGCAGACAGUAAAAUGAAGCUUCAUAAUUAUGUUAAGUAUUUCAUGAACCCUGAUCGACCAAAAGUAUUAAAUGUGAUCAGUCUGGAGUUCUCAGACACAAAGAUGUCUGAAUUGGUGGAAGUCCCUGCCAUUGCCAGAAAGCUUUCCUGGGUAGAAAACUACUGGCCAGAUGAUUCUGUCUUCCCUAAGCCUUUUGUUCAAAAAUAUUGCUUGAUGGGAGUCCAGGACAGCUAUACUGAUUUUCAUAUAGAUUUUGGGGGCACAUCAGUUUGGUACCAUGUUCUCUGGGGUGAAAAGAUCUUUUACUUGAUCAAACCUACGGAUGAAAAUCUGGCUAUUUAUGAAUCUUGGAGUUCAUCAGUCACUCAGAGUGAAGUAUAUUUUGGGAACAAGGUGGACAAAUGCUACAAAUGUGUGGUAAAGCAAGGACACACUUUAUUUGUUCCAACAGGGUGGAUUCAUGCUGUGCUCACAUCUCAGGAUUGUAUGGCUUUUGGAGGAAACUUUUUGCACAACCUCAAUAUUGGCAUGCAGCUCAGGUGUUAUGAAAUGGAGAAAAGGCUAAAAACCCCAGAUCUUUUCAAAUUCCCUUUCUUUGAAGCCAUCUGUUGGUUUGUGGCUAAAAACUUACUGGAAACUUUGAAAGAACUGAGAGAAGAUGGUUUCCAGCCCCAAAACUACUUAGUUCAAGGCGUGAAGGCUUUACUUACUGCUUUAAAGUUAUGGAUGAAAAAAGAACUUGUAACAGAACAUGCCUUUGAAAUUCCAGACAACAUUAGGCCUGGGCAUCUCAUAAAAGAGCUUUCUAAAGUGAUUCGUUCUGUAGAGGAGGAAAACAGCAAGCCAGUUAAAACUCAGGGAAUUCUUGGUUUGUGCCCAGCUUCGCGAUCGUCACAUGAAGCAACCUCCCCUCAUCAUUCCAGACGAAAGGUGAGAAAACUGCGAGACCAUGCUACCAAAACUCCUUCUAAUCUGGACAUCCUGGAGCUGCAUACAAGGGAAGUACUCAAAAGGCUGGAGAUGUCCCCAUGGGAGGAGGAUACAGGAAACUCUAAACUGAACGGAAGAUUUAAUAAGCCCUUUCAGCCAUCUUCUACAGUACCUGAAUGGAGAACAAAGGACAAUGAUUUACGCCUUCUGCUCUCAAAUGGAAGAAUUAUCAGAGAUGAAAGACAACCAUUUAUGGAUAGGAGUCUUUACACAGCAGAUAGCGAAGAUGAAGAUGACAGGACAAGAUCAAAAAAGACAAGGACUAUCAAGAUAGAAGAUGAGACUUCAGGCUUGGAAGGAGAAGGGAAUGGAGAUGCCCAGAAACCACUAAACAUGUUCUUUGAAAGUGUGAAAUCAGAACUCAGGAAUGGAUCCUCGGAAUACUCUGAUAUAUCUGAUUCGGAAGAAUCUGAGCCUGAUUGCACUACCCAGCAAAAAGAUUCCUCUGCAGAGGACUCAGCAAGCUCAGGUGAUGAAGAGAAACAGGAGGUGACAUCAAAUUUCAAGGAGGAAUAUAAAAUAACAAGGGACCUCUGUCAAACUACUCAGAAGCCAUUUAGAAAUGAAACUCCAAGUAAAAGGGAAUGUCCUACCUCGACAAGUACAGAGGAAGAAGCUAUUCAGGGCAUGCUUUCUAUGGCAGGAUUGCACUAUACCACAUGUUUACCAAGUCAUACGCAAAGCACAGACUGCACAGAUAAAAGAACCUCUCUUCAGGAACACAAAAGCUACCCCAGAAGUAGACAUAAGGACAGGCAGCCAUCCCAGAGUCAUAAAACAAUAGAAUGUGGUAGGCCCAUGAAGGAAGAAGAGAGCGACUUGGGUACAUCAAUGUGGGCUAAGCAGCUAAAUGAAGCUUCCAGGAUUACUCCUCAGGAUACAAGUAAAGCUCAGAAAUAUAUUAAGAAGGAAAGUGCAUCAGAAGCCAGUCACAAGGUUCAGGAAAAUAAAAAUUUUAUGCACAGCAAUGGCUUGAGCUUCCAGCAUGGCAAAUGUAUGCGAGACUCCAGCCUGAUUCAAGGGGAGUGCCGGCUGAGUGAUGGCAGCCUCAGCCCUGACAGGCCAUAUGGUGAGACAUCCAUGUCUCUACCUCUUCACCCAACCAAGAGGCCAGCAUCAAAUCCACCCCCUAUCAACAACCAAGCAACAAAAGGCAAGCGUCCAAAGAAAGGAAUGGCAACUGCCAAACAGCGCCUUGGGAAGAUCCUAAAGCUCAACCGAAAUGGCCAUGCACGCUUCUUUGUUUGAUGUAGCUGCUACUACUACUACUGCUGUCUUUCCUACACAGACCAGUAUUGAGGUCAACAGAGCCUGGAGCUGCUGCUGUUCCUCUGCCUGAAGCAAACUUGCAUGUACCAUGUAAAACACUGCCUGAUGAACAAAAAAUCCAAUGCUGCAUUUUCACUGUGCCACACCUGCUCAGCAAUAACCAUUUGGGAAUGGGGAAUCUUUAGAGAGACGAUGGACUGGGAAGCAGUCUCUCAUCAGGGCUUGAAUAUUGUUUUGUUGCUGAUAGUGUCUGAGCUAAUUCAUGAGGGGAGGAUUAUGAAGGUGGUUUAUCAAUAAUUUAUUUGACAGUUCUUGACAACCUUUAAAUUCAUUUUUUAAAACUAUUUAUUUGGAAGACUUUUUGAGGGUUAUUAAUUUAGAUUUCAGAAUGUGAAGGUUUUAAUUGUUCUUGAUUUAAUGUAUGUUUGGUGCAGUGGAGAGCCACAUUAAUGGUGAUUAGUCUGGACUCCCAAAUUUGAUAUUCAGGUUAUAGUCUUAAAUAGGGAUGUGAUGCAUUAUUGAUUAUUUUAAAUUAAGGCAAAUGGAAUUGUAUUGUAUUUUUUUUUCCUGGUCUUUAAGCUAUUGGCUGGGCUUUUAUUGACUUGUAAGGUGCAUGUCUCUGCCAACUUAGUUAAUUUGACCUGCUUUUCCUACUAUCCAUGAUACUUCUCCAUUUAUUUUGGUGAACCAGCAAAGGUGCUUCUGUCUGCUAGGAGAACCCAGUUCAAUAGCUGGCAUGUCUUAAAUUGCACCCCUUUCCCCAGUUCUUCCUGAUUUUAGUGGGUUUUUUUGUCCCAGACAGGGUGGUGAUGAUGAUUAUUAUUUUCCCUUUAAGAAUAAAAUAAGGAAAUUCCCAGAAACUUUUAUUUAUACUUAGUUUAAAUGUUGGUACCAAGAGCAGCUAUAUAUUUUUUGUAGGGGAGGUGAGAGAGUGUGAUGCAACUGGCUAAGUUUUUUGUUUCAGAAGAAUUGUUUGGGUUGAAAAAAUAACUCUUUAAAUUGCAGAAUUAAGAUUUGGCAAAUGACUUAACGUGGCACGGAGGGAGCACUACUGUUGGUGAGAACCAGCUGUGUGUUUAAAAAUACGUUUUAAUUGAGGGUCUAAGGAGGUAGGAGAAUGUGCACUGCUUGUGAGGCUGCACAGGACAGCUAAUUCAAGUCUUUAAUGGUGCACAUGUAAGUGUUGAGUUAAGUAGCAUGCUGAUCUCAGUAUAACCAUUUGUCAUGCUUUACACAGCUGAUAGAAAAUGCCAAGUCUGAAUUACAUGUAAAUAACUUUGAUUUUAAAUUUGUAUUUUUCUGUAAUAUAAAAUUUAAAUUAUUUAAUUUUUUUUGUAGGUGGAGAGGGAAAUUCCUUUACUUGAUUCUGGGAAAAGGGCAUUUUGCAGGGUCCAGCCAAAACUAAAGCUUAGAUAUGCUAGGAAUACCCACUGGGAUUUUGUCUGAGGGAGGACAAAGUUUGCUUUGGCUACCAGAUCUUUUGAAUGGUCUUAAUUACACUUACUAUUUUGCCCAUCUACCUUUUUUUCUCUUGCUGUCUUUAAAAGCAAAUUCAGUUAGAUUUUUCAGAAAUUUACCUGUAGUCUUAUAUUUCUGUAUACAUUCAGAUUAGAAUACAAAUAAUACCCUUAAAAAUAUAUGGAAAUAUUUUUUAUCAGGUUUUCCUGAUUGAAAAGUGAUAACUGUUUAGCACAUUGUCAUCCCAUUUUUGAAUUGUGAAAUAACAAAAUAUAAGUUGGCUAUGAAUAGGUCAGAUACCUGGUUUGAGUUCUUCCAGGAUAUGAAGAUUAUUACCUGAUUCUCUUAUCUCCUGCUCUGCUUUUAAAUUACAUUAUCUUCAUUUUAUAAUGGUUUGCGUGAAAACUAAUUGACUUUUUUGUUGCUCUGUGGCCAACUAACACUUUAGAUGAGUUCAAGCUUUCUUUGUCAGUCUGUAAUUUGUUUCCUCAUUAUGCACUGGUAACUUUGUUCAGGUGCUGGGAGAAAAAGUAAUGAGAUGCUCACUGGUUAUGAAGAAGCAGAAGACGGAAAGCAAUUACUCUACUAUUGACUGUAACUAUUUGUUCUCAGGUGAUGAUGAAUUUUCCAGUCAGCAGUGGUCAAUAGAGAGUAUAUUUUAACCGUCUUCUGUUAUAUUUUCAAAGAAGCGUGUAAAGCUUAAUUGAUCUGUUUAUACAGUCUCCAGGAAGCCAGUUCAUAUUAGCUGGGCUUUGAGCAACUGUUCCAUUUUUAGCAUGCCAAGGCAGACUGCUUUCCACUUAUUGUCUGCCUACUUUUAUUAUACUUGCCUUUUACUUUACUUUACUUAAGUGCAUGAGCUAUACCGGACGCAGGUAUUUCUGAGGAGACCUCAAGCAGAGCCGGAGAGGAAUAGAGACUGAUCUUUCCUUAAAGAUGUAGGUGCUGAGAGCACUACCUUUGAGACAGAAAUAUGCCAUUAGGGAAUCUGGAGUUGAAGGAUGUUUCGGAUAUAGAACGUAACUUUCUGCCGUCCCUAAGGCUUGGCUUUGGCAGAUUUCCCAAACCCCCACCUCUUAAUUAUCAAAGUUUUACAUAGUGGAAAAAGUAUUUGGCUGGACCCAUACAUAUUUAAUACCUGUUUGUAGAUUUUGUUGUUCCCUUUCCUUUCUCUCUUCCUCCUUUUCAACGUGGCUUUCCAUUGUAGUGAGUAUGCUAAACUCUCGUCAAAGGCUGUCAAUAGGCCUAGGUUCAUCUCCUUUUCCUUUGUUUCAUGCUUCCAGCAGAAGUCUGUCUUAAGAGUUUUAGACUUUUUAGGUGUGGGGGAGGGAAGGGAAGGGGUGGGGAUCUUAGGAAUCCAUUUAAAAGAAAUUAUCCUGAUAGAUGGUAACAAACAAGUCUCCUUUUGAUAGCUUCAUGAAGAGGAUGUGGUGACCUCACUUUUUUGUGUCUUUGUGUAUUGGUAAGUUUUUGUGUUCUUAAAGAAAACACUAUUGCACCACAUUGUUUGUAGAUAGGCUGAACCUGGUGCUGUAGUUUUGGAAAGAGACCCCCCUCCCCCCUAUAUUUUUCCAGUAUUUCACUUUUGGUGAUCUGGGGGUGGGGGGAGGGGGCAUUGAUAGGGGGAGAGCACUGACGGGACAACUGGGACAGAAUCUUCAUAUGAAAACUGUUUUCAAGGAGGAUAUUUUCAAAAAAAUAACAAAGAAUUUGGAUUUUUUUUUAAAUAACUACAUUUAACUUUAUCUCAACCUUUCUAAUGAGAGAAAAAUAAUUAUAUGAAAUACGUUGUAGUUCUACCCUUUUCUGUAUUCCCAAGGUUUUGUAAUUUAAAAAAAGAAAAAUACGAGACUGGGAAACCACCUAGAAAUUAUAUCGGACUUCCAGCAACUUUCCCUUUUCUCCCUUUACUAUUCUUGCUAAUAAACCCUGGCUACAAGGUAGCCUUUAAUGACCUCUGAGGUAGUUUACCUAUGCAACCUAUAAUAUUCCACAUGAAGUCAUUCUUGAAGAAAUCAUUUAAAACAGUUGGACUUUCAGAAUUAACAAUUAUUUUUUUUUAGAUCAAAGGUGGGGUUUUUUUGUUUUUUUUUUUAAAGCUGAAAUACUUGCAUUAAUUUUAAGAGAGCACAGUGUCAUGGUCACCUUUUUAGAGAGCUUCAGCUUUCCCCCAGCUUUGUUCUAUGGCAUAGGCUGCCUUCAUUCACCAGGACAUUGUCAUAAAUGUUGAAACCUUUUUGUAGAAGUAUAAAUCUGGGGCUGAAAUGAUACUGGUGGCUGGUAAAUGUGGGAUCUGAGUAAAGCCAAGGCUAGAACUUACUGGGGAGGUAAAAUCCCAUAGCUGGUGCCCCUCCUAACCUUCCUGCCACCAGAAAUCUGUGUCUUUUUAAAGCUCAUUUCAUAAUACUUCCAGACCAUUAAAAGCUGUUCAUGGCCCUGGGUUUGAGUGAACCCAGAGCUGUUUUAUUUUGCAGAAGUAUAAAUGGAACCAAGGACCUUACUGUUCGUGAUUAAACUGGAUUAAAAGCUGCAACAUCCAUUUAUCCAGAAAAGGAAAAAAAGAAAAAACAGAAACCUACUUUUGGGUGCAAAAUAAGUGCUGAGUCAUGCAGUGGGUGGGAAAUACAAGUAGCACUGAUCAGGAAAUGUGUAUGCUUCUGCAGAAGCUCUAUUUCCAUUUUGAAAAGGACUUUUUCUACUUUUAAUAUAAAUUAAGCCAUAAGAGUUUCAUGCUGUGGGAAGGGAGUGAAAGGGAUCACUUUAAGAGACUAUAUUAAUAUGUAUUAUCACUUCUGCUGGGAAAUGUCUAACUUUGCCAUGCUUUGCAGAUAUUUCUUUUUUUUUAAAAAAAUCCAUGAAAUUUGAAAAAUGGGGAUAGUUCUUGGCUAUAUUUACUAAUUUUAUAGUGAUGUUUUGCUGGCCCAUUUUGUCUUUUUCCCUCUCCCUUUUCUACUGUCAUAAUCUAAUUUCUAUCCUUUUUUGAAUGUCCGUGGAAAAUAUUAGCUUGUCUGUCUGAAUAGAGGUUUGUGUGUGUGUCUUCCUUUUUACAGAAACGCACUACUGUGUUGAAUAUUUGGCUGGGAAAUGGGAUGCUGCAGCUUUAAGAGCAUUUUUUUUCAAUUCAUAACAGUAUUUCCCAUCCUCUUUUGCCUGCAGGCAGGGAAAAUGUAUGUACAGUAUUUAUUUUGUUUCAAUUUUACUUUAAAUUUGUAAGUUUCUAUAAGUAGCUCACAUUGAUUAUUCUAGGGGAGGGCAAGUGGCUUGUUUAAAUUUGUAUUUGAUAUUCAUAGUUUCCACUUUCUGUACUUUAAAUAUUGAAAUUAAAAAGUUGUAUUACAUAUGUUUUGAUUUUAGCACUCUAAAGUGUUCAAUUUCUUCAGGUUUUGCUUAUUUGCUGAAGUGUAAAUAUAGAAAGCUGUA